AUGGAUUUUUUCAAAACGGAAGUAGUAGAUGGUACGACGACUCAAGCCACACACGUUCAAACGAUUAAUUUGGGUUACACCGGAGAAACGUACAAUCAAAUGCCUGUCAUGGUAGAAUUUAAAACUGUGCCUGCUGCUACACUCAACGAAGAACAAAAAUUACAAUUGUUCAACAUAAAUUCUGUACAAUUCACGACCCAGGGUCAAAUACAAUAUGUCGCGACACCGAAAUACAUGUCGACGUGUGCUCAAACGCAAACCCAAGAUUUACUACCGGACGGUACGGAGAGUCAAACGGACGAAACGCCCCUGUCUGUGAAAAGGGAGAAACCGUGUCCGUGUCACAUAUGCGGUAAAAGGUACGCGAAUCCGAAAGCUUUGAAAAAACAUCAGGUCAUACAUCCGGAAAUGGUUUUCGAAUGGCAAUGCCGGAUAUGCAAUAAAACUUUCCCGUAUAAGAUAACCAUGUCUAGACACGUGAAACUGCACGCAGGUGAAAAAUUGUUCAAGUGCGAAAAUUGCAAGAAACGUUUCGAAACGCGGUACGCGUUAGUUCAACACGUUAAAUUGCACAAGAGCGACGUACCUUUCAGGUGCGACCUUUGCGACAAGCCAUUUUUGAAGAGUGCCGAAUUUUCAAGGCACGUACGCACUCACACGGGUGAAAAACCUUUUCCCUGCACACUGUGCGACAAAGCCUUCACGACAAAAGCCAGCUUUAUAAAGCAUUCCGAAAAAAAGCAUAAUUUGAUGUUGAUACACGGGAGAUGCGUAUCCUCAUUUACCCGUCAUGGUCGAACUCAAACCCGUACCUUCGACGCUAAGCGAAGAUCAAAAAGUACAACUUUUCAAUAUAAAUCCCGUACAGUUUGCUCAGCCCACUCAAAUACAAUACGUGACGCAAAAAGUGUGGCGGCAGCAGGAGGUCCGGGAACCGCGGUCACCGUUACGACGAACAACAGUCACAGGACCAUAGACACUCAAACGGUCGCGGAAAAACCGCACGCAUGCGAAAUAUGCGGUAAAAGGUUUAAAAAUCCGCAAAGCGUGGCACGUCACCAAACGAGUCAUCCGGAAAUACCCAAAACAUUCACGUGUCAUCACUGCGAUAAGAAAUUCGCGAAUCCUCAGGCUUUGAGAAGACACCAGAGCAAACACCCGGACAUUGUCUACGAAUGGAAAUGCAGGUUUUGCCCCCAGUCUUUUCCCUAUAAGACAACCCUAAGCAAACACGUUAAAGUUCACGCGGGAGAAAAACUAUUCAAGUGCGAAACAUGUUUAAAACGUUUCGGUAACAGGUACUCGUUGCAACGUCACGUCAAAAUCCACACGGGAGAAGUGCCGUACAAGUGCGAGGUUUGCGAAAAAGGUUUCCUUAAGGCAAGCGAUUUCGGGAGACACGUGAGAACUCACACAGGAGAAAGACCAUUCGAAUGUCCAGAAUGUUUUAAAUGUUUCACACAAAAAUCGUGUCUCGUCAAACACGCCGAGAAAAAACACAAUAUAGUAUAA